AUAUGAAACGCAUCAUAUCAAGGAAAAUUAUUAUUCUCUUUAUAUUCGUCGCAUCCACGCAGGGGAACAACUUGUCGGAGGAGAAUGAGGAAUACCUGAGGUUCCCACCGAACUUUCUCCUGGGUGCUGCGACUGCAGCAUACCAAAUCGAAGGAGCUUGGAACGUUAGCGACAAAGGAGAAAGUAUUUGGGAUCGAUUCUCUCACGAAAGAAAUGGACUUAUCGUCAAUAACGAUACCGGUGAUAUCGCCUGUGAUUCGUAUCAUAAAUUUAGAGAAGAUGUAUCUCUACUGAAAUAUAUCGGGAUAAGUAUGAAAUAUUGUUGUAUAAUUGAAUUACAUAUAUUGUAGAUUUUCUUAGUCCAAGAUCUCUGAAACACAAUUAUUGUUUUAUCGUUAAAAGAUUAAUUUAUAUUGUACUUAAUAGAUGAAGGCCUAUCGUUUUUCCAUAAGCUGGCCACGUAUAUUGCCAACUGGUUUUUCUAAUAACAUUAGUAAAGAAGGUGUUACUUAUUACCAUAACCUUAUCGAUGAUUUAUUGAUUAAUGACAUCGAACCUAUCGUAACACUCUAUCACUGGGAUCUUCCUCAAGUAAUCGAAGAUGCUGGAGGAUGGUUGAAUCCACACGUGAUCGAUUGGUUUGUAGACUAUGCUAGAGUCGCUUUCAAGGAAUUCGCUCCAAAAGUAAAGAAAUUCAUAACGUUGAACGAACCAUUGGAUAAUUGUAUUUACGUUUAUAAUAUGAGAAUUCACGCACCCUCUAAAUCGUCUUUACGCGGCAUUGGAGAAUAUAUUUGUGGAGAGAAUAUAUUAAAGGCUCAUGCUCGUGUUUAUCGAAUGUAUCAGAAAGAAUUCAAAGAUAUUUAUAAUGGCUUAGUUGGUAUCAAUGCUCACGUAAAGAAUUUUUAUCCAAAGCAUGAAAAUGAUUCAGAAUCCGUAGAAAUAGCGUUUCAGUUCUCAAUAGGUUGGAUGCUUCAUCCUAUAUUUUCUGAAACAGGUCAUUAUCCUAAUAUAAUGAAAAAUUUGAUAGAUAUAAAGAGUCAAAAACAAGAUUAUUCACGAUCUCGAUUACUCAAGCUUGGAGAUAAUUGGGUGGAUUAUAUUCGCGGUGCUUCCGAUUUUUUGUUAAUAAACCAUUACACUUUUGCAAGAGUCGAACGGGGAGACGUUGGAUUAAAACCUUCAUUCUUUAACGACCAAGGACUAAUAGAAGAUCAAGAUCCUACUUGGGAAAAUAAUACUAUUCCGUGGCUGAAGAUUGUACCAGAAGGAUUUGGUAUCAUACUUAGAAAAUUAGCAAUUGAAUAUAAUAAUCCGCUCAUGUAUAUUACGGAAAAUGAUAUUUCCAGCGAAAAUACCAUCGACGAUGAUGAUAGAGUGAGAUAUUAUCAAAAAUACUUAAAAGAGAUGCUUAUUUCCAUACAUCAUCAUAAAGUUAAUAUUAAAGGUUAUCUCUUAUGGUAUUUCAUAGACAGUUUCGAAUGGACAAGUGGAUAUAGCCAAAAUUUUGGAAUUGUUCAUAUCAAUUUCAAUGAUCCAGAAAGGAAGAGAACGUUGAAAAAAUCUGCUUAUUAGUGGCGAGAAGUAAUAAAAUAUAGAACCUUGAACAUAUCCUCCUUUGGAAAUGAUACCACAUCUGGAACGUAAAUUUUCAUAAAGGAGACUAUAGUUUUCAAUUAUUUAUGAUUCUUUAGUUAUGAUUUUUUCAAAGCAAUUAAAACAACAUCUGUAAAAGUAGCAAUUGCUAUUCAUGAUCAUUCAACUCUAUAAAUAUUUUGGUAAAAUUUGUUUUAUAAUGAAACAUAAAAUGAGACAACUAUCUAUUCGACAUACAUUCGUAUAUUUAAUACUACAUUAGCAAAUUCAAUUUAUAAUUUUAAAGUUAUCAGGCUUAGCAAUUAAGAAUAUGAAUUUGCAUUAUUUUAUGGAAAAUUUUGAACUGUCACCUAAAUAAAUAGACAUUUAUUAAUGCUAAAUAGAAAUGCAAAAAUUAAAAAAGUUUGUGAUAAUACAUUUAUAUAAAUGUACUGUUUAUUAGGAUAUUCGAUAUAAAUUGCUCAAGAUGAUAAAUAAAUGAUAAAAGAUAUAAUAGCGCAUAAGACAUUUAAAGAGAGAUUUUUAAUUCGGUCGAAAUGGACAAGGUUCAACAAAUAAAAAAUAACGCGCAAGAACAUAAAAGCAGGAAGUCGAAAAGUGAGAUAAAGAAAAGGCGAUAUGGAAAUAGAAAUACGUCACGGUAAACAUGUCAAAAUUUAUCAAAAUAGAUAUGUUAAAAUAUAUUUAUAUUUUUACAGUAAAAUAA